UGUUUUUUGAGAUUCUUACACAGUGUCUGGGGCAAGAUUUUAUUUAGCUCAAAAAACCAUAAAAAGAUGAUAUGAAUUAAAAAGAUCAAUUUCUGCAUCUUCUUUGAGACAUAAUGUGUCUAUUGAUAUAAAAGAAGACAACAUAUUUUUGUUAAACUAAAAUUCAAACUGUGUUUCUUAAUAGCUUUUUUAAACAGAAAAAACUCAUGCUUUGUUCCCUUUUAAAUUGGAGUUUGUGGUUGGCAAGUUCUCACAUGAUUUUUGAGGGUACUGAAAAAGUUUCUUGUGAGUGGGGACGCAAGUUUUUUUUUCUUAAACAAGGGAAACCACCAUCAAACCCAGACACUCAGUGUGUCACACAUCGAGCAGCUUUCAGUCAACAUGACUACUGCCGGCGAUCACCAAAGCCUUCUACCAACUGUGAUUACAAAGAUCAUUAAAAUAACGUUGUCUGAGAAUCUAGAAAAUUCCACAGUCUUGGAUGAUGUCGAUUACUCAUCUCCCUCACAGGAUUACUCUGAUUUUCCUGUGGUUUGCGAGAAAGAGUCAAACCGGCAGUUUCGGCGCCUGUUUAUGCCUUUCUUCUACACCAUUAUCUGCUUGCUGGGGGUGGCUGGAAACCUGCUAGUCAUUGCCACCGUCUUCUACUUCAAGCGCCUCAAGAACAUGACGGAUGUGUACCUGCUCAACUUGUCCUUUGCUGACUUGCUCUUUGCUCUCUCGCUCCCCUUCUGGGUGGCCAACUCUAUGGCGGAGUGGAUGCUGGGGCUGUUUGUGUGCAAAGCCAUGCACACCGUCUACAAGGUCAGCUUCUACAGCAGCAUGUUCCUCCUCUCGCUCAUCAGCAUCGACCGCUACUUUGCCAUCGCCAAGGCCAUCUCCACCCACGGCCUUCGCUCAAAGGCUGUCUUUUUGAGCAAGUUGUCCUCCACUGCUGCUUGGGUGCUAGCGCUGAUCUGCUCCCUGCCAGAAAUGUUGUACACCAACAUCAGCAACAACACCUGCUCUCCAUUCUCCACCAACAACAACCAGCUACGAGUUGGCUUCCAGGCCAGCCAGAUCGUGUUGGGUUUCUUUGUUCCACUCCUGGUCAUGAGCUUCUGUUACACAUGCAUCAUCCAGACGCUCUGCCAGGCUCGUAGCUUUGAGCGGAACAAGGCCAUCAAGGUGAUUCUUACCGUUGUAGUUGUCUUCAUGGUCUCCCAGGUGCCUUACAACAUUUUCCUCUUCUGGACCACGGUCAUCAUAGGAACCGGAGGAACAGCAAACUGCAAAUACGACAACAGUCUCCUGUUGGCCACUGACAUCACACAGUAUGUGGCCUUUCUGAGGUGCUGCCUAAACCCCUUUGUCUACGCCUUCAUCGGCGUUAAGUUCCGUCAUGACGUACUGAAGCUGCUGAAGGACUUUGGCUGCAUGAGCCAGGAGAGGUUCUACAGAUACACCUGCGGUCGGAGAAGGAGCUCAGCAGGCUUUGACACUGAGACCACCACCUCCUUUGCUCCUAAAGGUGUCAACUUCUCAUUCAAAGAACUUGCAAUGGAAUAAUACAAACUGUUUUCUUUUCAAAGCAUAUCAGCUUACUGUGUACAUAGCAAAAGUUAUAUAAUUGCAAGUUGUGUGAGUUAUGGCACCUUUUGGCUUUGUCAGAGUUGUUGAAAAAAAACAUAAUAAACCAUCUUUUUUUUGCUGUUUAUCUGCUGAUUUUCAGUGCAUGCAGUUUAAAUGUCAAAUAAAAGCGGAAUUCACAUUA